UUUUGUUUUAAGUAGAUGUCUUUGUAGCCAAUGCUAAAAAGUUUUUUGACAGCGCACUGCCGCCAAACAAAAUCAUAGUAGCAGUAGCAAUAGUAGAUAAUUUGUGAAACAAAAUACUCUGCCUGUGUGUCGGUGACUUCACAAUUUUAUAUAAAUCACACUUUAUGUUUUAUAUUUUUUUUCACUUCCUUGCAUUAGUCUGACUACUCUGGACCGGCAUUCAUUGAGUAUAUAAAAUGGAUUUAAGUGACGAUAAUGAUGAAGAAAUUGCGUCGUGGAAGGGUGUACCUGGUGUAGUUGUUCUGCUGAAUGUAUUUGAUAAGAAUACCGCUACAGUGGCUCAUGUCGCUACAUGUCGAAUGUUGCGACAUUAUUUGAGGUCAUCAAGCUCUGUACUACUUGGGGUUUGCUUAUAUGGUACAGAAGAUGUGAGCGUUUCAGCGUUUGGAACAAAAAGCGUUAUAGAUUUAAUACCCUUAACUGCUCCCAACCUCAACGACUUCAAAAAAUUUCGCGAAGUAGAUGUUUCCAGUUAUGAGCCACCAAAAGAAUUGAAAAUGUCUGAUGCUUUGGGGGCGUGCAGUAUAAUGUUCAGAAACUGUAAGAAGCAGUUGUUAUCUCGCACUAUUAUUAUUCUAACCAGGAUUGACGUCGCACCAAUUGACCAAAAACCGACAUUAAUACGAGUUAGAGAUUUAGUGGAUUUCAACACAGAUAUAAGAAUCAUUAACAUUGCUGAAGAUGAAUAUGAAGCACACGAGUUUUAUACAAAAUUUUUAAAAGAAGCAAACAAAGGUAAAGACAUUGACAUUCCAAAACCAAUAUGGGAUGCAAAGGAAAUUGAGAAAAUUAUGCAUUUGCAAAGCCAUAGAAAUUUGGCUGUUGCUAAGCUUAAAUUUCAGAUUGAAGAAGGAUUUGCUAUUGGAGUUGCGGUCUACAAACUCUCAACUAAAACUCAGCACAAAAAGACCAACUUAGAUAGAACAGAUAAUGCCGUUGUCAAGAGUACAACCAAAGCAGUAAAAGUUUGUAAAUCAAAUAAUGAUGAAACAUCUAUGGAGGUUGAUGACGGAGAAGAUAGUGGCCUAAAAACAAUGCCAUUGCUAAAAUCAGAAACACUGUAUUACCAAGAAUUUGGAGGUGAGAGAGUAGAAUUCACAGAUGCAGAAAUGAAGAUGUUGAAAAACCCAUUUGGCCCUCCAAUGAUUAAAUUAUUGGGAUUCAAGCCAACGGAUAUAAUGUGUAAAGAAAAAUGGUUUUUAAAGACAGGGUAUUUCUUAUUUCCCAAUGACAGUAUUAUUGAAGGAUCUACAGUGGCAUUUAAAGCAAUGCAUCAAGCUUGUGUUGAAACCAAAAUGGUUGCAAUUAGUGUUUUGAGCACAAGGGUGAAUGCUAAGCCUUCUAUAGUAGCUCUUGCUCCAUGCACACAUCCUCUUGGUCUGGAUGUGGAAAUUGGCUUUGAUGUCAUCCAUAUACCUUUUGUAGAAAAUGUAAGAGACCUACCUGAAGUUGAGGAUGAUGAGGAAACAGGAAUUUCAAGAGAGCAAAAAGGCCUCAUGAAAGAUAUGUUGGAAACACUAAAGUUUGAUUACAAAUCAGAUAUGUUUGAGAAUCCAAAAUUGCAAUGUGAGUACAGAGCUGUGGAAGCAAUUGCUUUGGAGGAAGAUGAUCUUGAACCAUUUGUGGACACUACUAAGCCUAGCAAUGACAGAUUAGAAGACAUUCAUGCAGAUAGUUUUGAAGAGCUAUUUGGGCCAUUUGAAAUAUCUGCUCCUAAGAGAUCUAUACCAAAAGAUUCAGGUGGAAAUCCUAAAAAAGCAAAAACAGAAGACUUUGACGAGUCAACUUUGAAAUACAGGGUUGAAAGUCAAAGUGUUGACAAAUAUACAGUGGCACAACUGAGAGAUGUGUUACGACUAAUAGUUACAUCAGAAAAACUAGCUUUGAAUGGCCUGAAAAAGUCACAACUUGUUGAACUAGUAUACAAACACUAUAAGUAAAAGAAAUAUUGUUAAAGCUGCAUAG